AUGGCCCCCCUGCCAGCAAACGGCAGCAGCUUAGACGAAAGCGGCGAGCCUUUCCCGCUGCCUUCCCCCUCGGCCGCCGCUCUGGCCAUCUUCUCCGUCACCUUCCUCUUGGGCUGUCCCGGAAACGGCCUGGUCAUCUGGGUGACUGCCCUGAAGAUGAAGCGGACGGUGAACACGGUUUGGUUCCUGCACCUGGCCAUCGCCGACCUCGCCUGCUGCCUCUCCUUGCCGUUCUCCAUCGCUCAGCUGGCCCUCCGCGAGCGCUGGCCCUUUGGCUGGCUCCUUUGCAAGGUUCUCCCCUCGGUUAUAGUUUUCAACAUGUUUGCCAGCGUCCUCCUCCUCACCGCCAUCAGCAUUGACCGGUGCCUCCUGGUGAUGAAACCCGUCUGGUGCCAGAAUCGCCGGACGGUCAGGCUUGCGUCCGUGGUCUGCGGGGUUAUCUGGAUCCUCGCCUUCCUUUUGUGCGGCCCUUCCUUCUUCUACCGGGAGACCCUGGAAGAUGAACUGGGCAAUGCCAGGUGCAUCUCCAACUGGAAAACAGGGAGGCAGGAUGAGUACGAGUGGCUGGACGAUCUGUGGGACUUUGAAGGCCCCAUCCUUUUGGCCACCGAGAGCGCCUACAACGAUGUCUUCCCAGGUGGAAACCUGGGUCCACACCCUUCCUACCCCACCGAAAGAAACACCGCAGUGCCUUUGGGUCUAUCGCACCAUUACAGAACCGAGAUGGAGGCGGCUGUCUCGAAGAGGGCGGUUCCUGCCACUCCUUCCCUGCUGCACGAGAUCCCCGGGGCCCAUCCGACUUUACCCACAGCCAGCACUUCCCUGCUCGAGGACCAACCGCCCAGGGCCUUCGUGGCCACCACGGUCACCAGAGCGGUGCUUGGCUUCCUGCUGCCUUUUGUGGUCAUGGCCACUUGCUAUGCUCUGAUUGCCUGGAAGGUGCUGGCCAAGCCCUUUGUGGGGCCUCGCCAGAGGGCCCUGCGGGUGGUCCUGCUGGUGGUGGCCACGUUCUUCCUCUGCUGGGCUCCCUACCACAUCACCGGGGUGCUCUUCCUCCUGGCUGCCCCCCAGACGCUGCUUCACCGGGCCCUGCUGGGGUGGGACAGCGUGUUCAUCGCUCUGGCUUACGCCAACAGCUGCCUCAACCCCCUUCUCUACGUCUUUGUGGGGCAAAACUUCAGGAGGAAGGCCUGCCAGACGGUGCAGGCGGUGUUUGAGGGGGCCUUGGGGGAGCCCUCCUCGCCAGGCUGCUCCCAGGACAAGAGGCAGACCACCAUGGUUGACAACGAGGUGGACGCUUCGACUUCCCUCUGACGCGGCUUCUGGGCAGCCAAAGCUCCGGGGAAGUCUCCCCCGGGGGGGGGGGGCGCUUGCUUGCCUUACAACCCGCAUGUCUCCUCCCACCCACCUUUUGCGUUCCUUUUGCCUGGGCUAUUAACGGCUUAUAGCGAGGCGUCUUUUUCAAAUAUUUUUUCUAGAGGUCUUCAAAAAGGAUGAGCAGGUGCUCUCCGAGGAAGUCCGUCUCUUCUGUUGCCAAAGCUUCUGCUGCACGAGUCCCGCCAGCUGCUUCAGAACCCAGCGCUCUCCGUUUCAUCCUCCAGCCCAGGCAAACCUUGGCGCAGGAGCCCAAAGCGCUCUCCUUUGCCCCCACCCUGCCAGGUGCCCCUCCCCAGGGCUGUGUUCCCACAGAAAGGCCUCCUGCUCGGGGCCCUGGCAGAAGCCAAGGCUGGUGGGGCUGCC